UGAUUGUGUUUGUUUUAUUCCAGUUGGGUCUUUGUCUUCUGAGGAUCAUGAUUUUGACCCCACGGCUGAGAUGUUGGUCCAUGACUAUGAUGACGAAAGAACUCUUGAAGAAGAGGAGAUGAUGGACGAGGGUAAAAACUUCAGCUCUGAAAUUGAAGACUUAGAAAAGGAAGGAAGCAUGCCUCUGGAAGACCUACUGGCCUUCUACGGCUACGAGCCCGUGCUGCCCGCCGCGGUGGAGCCCAGUGCCCACAGCUCCCCGAGUGAACUUGCCGACGAGCUGCCAGACAUGACACUGGACAAGAUCCCUGGGAAGCGUCCCUCGCCUUUCCGAGCUCAGGCAGGGAGAGGAAUCCACAUCUUGGAACCUCUUCCUGAGGAAAUAGCAAAAGACCUGUUGUCGGGUGACGACGAGGAGACGCAGUCUUCCGCAGACGACCUGACGCCGUCUGUGACUUCCCACGAGGCUUCCGACUUCUUCCCGCGGCCUUUGCGCUCAAAUACUACUUGUGAUGGAGAUAAAGAAUCAGAGAUUGAAGAUGUUGAAACAGACAGUGGUAACUCACCUGAAGAUUUGAGGAAGGAAAUAAUGAUCGGUUUACAGUAUCAGGCUGAGAUCCCCCCUUAUCUUGGAGAGUGCGAUGAUGAUGAGCAAGCGUCUGAAGAUGGAGACCAGCUCCUUUGGCGUCCCGGGGUGGUUGCGGAGAGCAAAGUGCAGGAGUACCUUGUCGAGGCCGCGUUCAGAACUGGGAAUGAGAAAGCGGUGGACAGGGUUUCGGCCGGAGCGCUCACCAGGGACAAUGAGCAGGCAUUGUAUGAGCUGCUCAAGUGUGACCAUAACAUCAAGGAGGCGGUCGAGAGGUAUUGCCGCAGCGGGAAAGCAUCUCAGGAGGGAAUGACCGCGUGGACAGAAGAAGAAUGCCGGAGCUUUGAACAUGCACUCAUGCUCUUUGGAAAAGACUUUUAUCUUAUACAGAAGAACAAGGUGAAGACCAGAACGGUGGCGGAAUGUGUGGCGUUCUACUACAUGUGGAAGAAGUCUGAGCGCUACGACUACUUCGCGCAGCAGACGCGGUUCGGGAAGAAGCGCUACAACCACCACCCCGGAGUGACCGACUACAUGGACCGCCUGGUGGACGAGACGGAAGCUCUGGGGGGGACGGUCAGUUCUCCCGGCGUAACCGCCGCCCGCCCGGACCCCGUUCCUGACCCGCAGCUGAACAUCCUCAGCUCCUUCACCGCAGGGGACUUGACAGCCUUGACCGGCAGUGCAGCGACCCCCGGGGCUGUGAGCUGCGUGGAGGAGGGCUUCCCUCCCGUGGGCAGCAUGCCCCGCGGCCCCGUGACUCCCGUGCCUGUGGUGACGGAGGAGCUGCUCGCCCUGCCCAGCAACGGGGAGAGCGACUGCUUUAACCUGUUUGAGACUGGGUUUUACCCCUCGGAGCUGAACCCCUUGACCCUGUGCAGUGAGGAGUCCGAAAGGCCAGCAAAGAGAUUGAAAAUGGGCCUCGCUGUUCCUGAACCCUUUAUGAGUGAGGUUUCUGUGAAUAACCUGGGGGUGGACUUUGAAAGCCACACACAUCACAUCGCCAGUGCCAAAAUGGCCGUGUCCGUGGCUGACUUUGGCAGCCUGUCUACCAGCGAGGCCAAUGGCUUCAUCAGUGCCCACGCCCUGCACCAGCACGCCGCCCUCCACUCCGAGUGACCGGCGGCGGCCUGCAGCCCAGUGAGUGCGAGGACACGUUGGGCUGGCUUAGUCUUUCACUGGAAGCUUGAACGUUUUCACUAUGACAUCAGUGAUGUCAGCAUGUAUAGAACUCUAUCUUGAUUUAUCAAGAGUAUUUUCAUUUCUCAAUCCAUAAAUGUGGAAAACCAUGAGCAGCAGGGCUGGGAACGAAGAUUGGACUCCAGUGCAGCUUUAAGCUCUGCUCUCUCCCUCACCUCCCAGACCUCUCCACUCCCCUCUGUUCCAGUCUCUUACGCUCCCACGUUUAAAACCUGUAGACAGGCCACCAGCUCAAAACCAGCACAUGUUCAGGACCGAAUGGAGUGGCUUCUCGUUUAAGUUCCUUUUGCCGUAACGGAUGCAGUGGAAUAAGUGUUUACAGGUGCCGACCCUGAUCCCUGCUAAAUGUAGCAUUUUUGGUUUUCUUAAUUAAGCAAAAGCAGGGGUAGGUUUCUUAAAACUGCACAGACAUGCAAGGGUUUUUGAAAAUGGAAACUUCUCUCAUGUUAUUCAGCUAGAGCACUUCCGUUUACAAACAGCACGUCCGCCUCUGGGAGCUGGCGAGGGGCUGUGCGCAGAGCGCAGACGCUCGGAUGUUUCUGGAUUCUCGGCCGGGGCACCUUCCGCAGAAUGGCUUGUUUUACUGUCGAGAGAUUUAUGAACUUCAUUGAUUGCUACAGAUCGGGCGUGUGAAGAUGUAUCCAGAUGGGCUUUGUCCACCCUGGUCCAGGUUGUGAUUGGAAAAGCCACACCGGCCACCGAUGGCGGAGUCUGUCCCGGGGCAGCGGCCUGGCGGGCAGGCUCCUGUCUACA